ACUGACCAGCAUACCCAUACUACAUCGUUUCCCUCCAAAUUCAAUAAUCAAUACUCCUACGGAGUACUAUUACCUUUGGUUCUUCCAGGGAGUUUUUCCUUCUUUAGUCAAAGAAAUGUCAGAGAAACUGGCCACCCACCCACACCCUUUUUAUUCCCUUCCCUCCAAACUUUCUCUUUUAUCGGGAAGCGCAGAUUCGCUCGUCUUUCCUCUCUCUAGCCUCUCUCUCUCUCUCUCUCAACUGGGAAAAGACCCAACUUUGUUGUUUUCCUCUGGUUCAAAGAGAGCAUCACAGCAAGCCAAGUACUGGGUUCUUGUUUUUUGCUCAAGUACUUGUAGAACUGUUCUGAAUGUGACUAAAAUACACUCCGUUUUUGAGCUAUUGAAAAUCUCGGGGUUCGUCUGAUUCGUGGGUAGUUUCUCAUUUGUUUGGUUAGAAUUUGUGAUCUGGGCUCUGGGUGUUUGGUGUGAUUUGAGAUUCUUGGUUGAAUUUUGAGAUCUUGUGAAGUUGCUGUAAGGAGUUAAUGUGUAUGGUAAGUGGGUGUGAUUGAAUUUUGUGUUUUUUUUGUGUGUUUUGAAUGGAGGAAGAAUCAAAUGUCCGGUUAGUUCGAUGCCCUAAGUGCGAAAAUCUUCUCCCUGAGCUCCCUGACUUCUCUGUUUAUCAGUGUGGUGGCUGUGGCGCAAUUCUCCGAGCGGAGAAGAAGGGGCCCGUGGGUGAGCGCCUGUCAGAGAAAUGUAAUGGGGAGAUGGGUAGAGGGGGUGUUGAGAAUGGGCAUGGUGGUACUUUAGAAAGCCCUUCCAAGUCUGCAAGUGAUGAUGGGCUUGAACGUGGUAGGAAAAAAGAGCAAUUUCCAGAAAGAUCCGUGAGUUUGGUUACUAAUUCUUCCUCCACAACAGAAAAAAGGAAGUUUGUUAACAAUUUUGAUCAUAACACUAGAAUAGAGGCCACGAAUUUAAGGGUCGAUGAUAGUGAUCAAGAUGGAGACGGGGGAUAUCGUAGUGAUAGAUACAUGAAAUACUCGAAAUGCUCGUCUAGUAAUGGGGUCAAUGGACAAGGUGACGAGGUGAACACGAACAUGAAAAAGUCUGAAUCUGGUAAUCCAUGUGUGAAAACUAUAGUAGAGGAAAAUAAACCACCAAUUGGGAGGUUUGCAGGUUCAAUGAGACCAAGGCCAAUUAUGGACCACUGUAAUGUGGAGAGCAACGGACCAGGAGCAUUUUACGGGAAUGGCAAAGGUGUUGAGGAACGGAGGAGGUUUCCGACUUUGCCUUAUCCUGAUGAAGGACCUUCAAAUUAUUGGCAUGGUUCCUUUCAUCGCUACACUGAGCAGAAAAGGAUUCACCAUGUUUUGGAUGGGCUUAGUGGAGUUGAAAAUUUGGAGAAUGAUCGAGCUGAGCUCAUUAGGAAACUUGAUGAGUUGAAGGAUCAACUUAGCAGAUCCUGUGAUGUGACAGAAAAACCAAGUGUAAGGGCCCCUGUUAGUAGGACAACUGCUCCCCCACCGUCUCCACCUCCCCCACCACCCAAUCAUUAUUAUAGACAUGAUUAUCAUGUGCCACAAGGGCCAAGCAAUUUAUUUUCUGCUAAUGUUGAACGCUUUGCUCCAGAUAAACAUGUUCAGGAACCCGUUUACUGCAGUCAUAGUCAUGGACCAGUUCCUUACACAAAUGGUCGUGCUUAUUCUCAUAGGGAUGAGGCAAGUGAAUUCGCAGGAUAUGAGCAAUCCUAUCCCCCACAAAGGCUUAGUCAGCCUCCUCAUCAACCAAAACCUCAAUAUUUUAAGCAGCCUUUUCAUGACCAUUUUCCUGCACAUAACGUGGAUUUUAAUCUGAGUUCCCUUUCUUCACACCACAGUGAAACAUUUUCACGCAUCCCUACAUGCUCUUGUUUACAGUGCUACAACAAUUUUCAAGUCCCACCAAAAGUCCCACAUCCCACUGUUAGGUCACAGGCUGACCCCAUCAAUCCUAGUUUCCACCGUCUUGUAAGUUCAGCUGCAUAUGUCGCACAGGGUUACAAUGGUAGAGGUACCAAUCCUCCUCAGGCAAGAAGUUCAACUGCCUUUGAUGUAGACACUGUUGGUCUUGGUCUCCGGCGUCCAAGAAGGGUGGUGGUUGGAAAUGGAAGCGAACGGCUUUGUCAUCCACUAAGAGGUGGUGCUCCAUUUAUGACAUGCUGCAGUUGCUUUGAGUUGCUGAAACUGCCAAGAAAACCUGUCGUAACAAGGAAGAAUCAACAGAAAGUGCGAUGUGGAGCCUGUUCUGCCAUGAUCUUGAUUGAGCUUGAGAAAAAGGGGAUUGUUGCUUCAGUUCCCACACAACUGAAGAAAGUUUUUCCUGACGGUGGUGCUACGGACUCCUGCUCUGAUGACUAUGGUAAUUCUGGUUAUGACUUCCAUUUGACAGAUAGUGAACCCAAUGUCUUGUCGACAGAGCAAAUGUUAAACUUUGAUGAUUCUGAUGAGAGGCAAGAUCCUCUGUCUUCAUCCUCCAGUUUUUCGCAGGAUGAGCUGAGCGCAGACAGUACGAUUUCUCGGAGGGAAAUCUCUGAUUCUGCUGAUAUGCCUGCAAAAGAUGAUGUCCCUGUACGACUUCCAGAUUCACCUCAUCAGAUAGAUCCUGAAGCUGCUUCUGCUUUUGUGGUUAGCAGAUGUGGAAUGGGAAACAAGAGUAAACGCAAUGAUCAAGAGAAGUUGAUCCCUGACAAAAGUACCUCGCGACAGAAUUCUGUAAAGGAUGUUUCAGUUGCAACUGAGAUGGAAGUUUCAUUUAAGGGGUUUCCAAAUAGCAGGGACUCUACGGAGGUGAACAAAGAAAAUCGACCUUGGAUCAAGAAGGGGAGUGAAUCCUUCUUUGCAGGUCUCAUCAAAAAGGGCUUUAGAGACUUCUCGAGAUCUAGCCAAAUUGUGGAGACAGGAAGAACAAAUGUUUUCGUGAAUGGGCAACCUAUACCCGAUCGUGUGGUUAAGAAGGCUGUGAAGCUGGCAGGGCCUAUUCAGCCUGGAAGCUACUGGUACGAUUGCCGAGCUGGAUUUUGGGGUGUGAUGGGCCAGCCUUGUGGUGGCAUAAUUCCCCCUCUCAUUGAAGAAUUUGAUUAUCCAAUGCCAGAGAAUUGUGCUGCUGGAAGCACUGGUGUUUUUGUAAAUGGACGAGAACUUCAUCAGAAAGAUUUGGAUUUACUUGCUGGCAGGGGCCUGCCUACAUCAAGAGAUAGGUCUUAUAUUGUUGAGAUUUCUGGUAGAAUUUUGGAUGAGGACACUGGUGAAGAACUAGAUAGCCUUGGCAAACUUGCUCCGACUGUUGAGAAAGCGAAGCACGGAUUUGGUAUGAAAGCUCCAAGAACGAUUGCAGAAUGACCAAUUUCGGUUGAAGUGCAGUAUGGUAUGGUCAUUCGUGAGAAUAGGAAUCUGUCACUUGCCAUUUGGAUUAGUGGUGCGCGUUUAGUAUGCAGAUGUAGCAUUGGAGUUUUAGUACUACGAUGUAACCUUUUGUUGUUUGAGAUUUGUCAAUGUUUGUAACAGAAUUUUACGUGAAAAUUAAGCAUGUGCUGUGGUUAUGCUUA